AUGAAAAGUGAAGCGCCAGUGUUCGACCAGCCAGGGAAACGGUUGCUAGUUGACCGACUUAGCCCACAUUUAGUUCAAACACUUUCCCACAUCCUUUACCACUGCUACUCUCCCGUUUCCUCACCCAUCAUCCCGACCCACCAACCACUCAAGCCUCCACCCUGCAAACUGGAAUCUGUUCGCCCGCCUCUCUCUACCUCCGGGCACUUUUACAAUGAGGUUUUUCUUUCUCAAAGUCCAUACAACAUUUUUCCACCCUCCUUACUUCCAUCUUUCUUUUCUCGUCUUACUCUCGCCAUAAUUUUCGCUAAUUUUUACUUGCUUCCAGCCUCUUCUUUGUUUUUGCCAACUUCUUUCGCUCAAUCUCCCGAGUUCUACUUUGCUCUUACUUUUAGGAUAUUCCUGCCUUACUCUUCAUUUGCCUCCUUACUCUCCCCCAAUGCUUUCCCAUUUUUCUCCUCCCUCAUUAUUUAUGUUUCGUUUUUCUUUUUCUUUUUUUUUUUUGCAUUUCCCCCCUCUUCAUAUUCAUUCUUUCUAUUCUUCUCGUUUACGCCGUCUUCUCACUGGCUUCUCACUUCUCAUUUACUUUUAUCGUCCCGUCAGAGAUGA